AUGGAGUUCGAGGUGCUCAACCCAGAUACGAAGAAGACCUUCCUCUUAUAUGAAGGUCCUCACCUGGGGCGUGGCGCCUGGGCCUCGGUGCAGGCCGUCUACCAUCGUGGCCCGGCGAGUCAAGAGAUCGUCGUCUACGCGGUCAAGACAUUCUUCGUCAAGCCGCGCAUCUCGGCACAGUGCCUGACCCGAGCCAUCCACCACGAGGCCAAUAUAGGCUUGCAGCUCGACCAUCCCCACGUGCUGCAGACGUUCGCGCUGGGCCUCCUCGACGGCCAGCUAGCGUGUCUGAUGGAAUUCUGCGGCCACGGAGAUAUCUUCGACCUGAUCUGGCCCCCUCGUCCCGAGCAAGCGCGUCUCUGCCUCGUCAAGCAGCUCCUGCUAGGCAUGUCGUACAUGCAUAGCAAAGGCAUCGCGCACUGCGACAUCAAGCCUGAGAAUAUGCUGCUGGGAGGUGAUGGGCUGCUGAAGAUCGCCGAUUUCGGGUACGCGGUCGUCUACCGCGAGACGCCAGACGGCGAAGAGCACAUGGUCGAGCCGCCGGCCAGCGGCCCCGUGGGCACCGCGGCCUACCUGGCACCCGAGGUGUGGAGCUGCGUGGGGGACGACCCGCCGUCGGCGUACGAUGCGGCGGCGGCCGACGUGUGGGCGUGCGGGCUGACUGGCCGCGAGCUGCUGGGCAAGUUCCUGCCGUGGGAGUAUGCCGUGGUCGACGAGGUGUAUGCGGAAGACGGCAGCCCCGACAACCGCUUCGCCCGGUUCAUGGCGGGCUGGAUGAAGUUCUGGGACGGCAACGAGGUCCGCCCCAUCUCGCCCAACGCCUGGCCGGUCUGCGGCCAUGGCUUCAGGGUCAAGGAGUAUCCGGCUCCCGAGAUGCUGCGCGUGCUGCUCGGCAUGCUCAACCCUAACCCUGCCGCUCGUCUCACGAUCGACGAGGCCCUGGAAGAUCCCUACAUCCAGGCCGUCGAGUGCUGCUCGCCCGCCGUGAGCCCGUACAAUCAGCGCGGCGCCACGCAUGACCAUCGGCCGGCCGCUUAA